AUGGUGGAAGAACUGGCUCUGGUUUGGCAGACUGACGGCGGCUUCAGCCUUCAGGUGUUGGAACUUGGAAGCUCUCGUUCUGCUUUUGCUGGUGUCGCAAUAGACUCAGGUUCAGAUUCAACGCCCCACUCCACCGUCUCAGCUUCUUCCACCGCGAAAUGCUCAAACUGUAACAACCGAAAGACCAAGCUUCAGAUGGCGGCAAUCCAGUACGACAUUCGCUGCGCGCUUCUCCUGAAUCAUCACGCAUCAUCAUCCACGUCACCGCCGUCGUUAUCCACGAUUAGGUCCCUCUGCCCCACCCUCCUCGGCUCGCGCGCCUCGGCGGCGCGUCGAGUCCUCUCGCUGUCGACCUCGUGCUGGACGACGUCGUUCCGGCUCAGAGCCUUCUCCACCGGCGCCGGAGAGGCCGCCGCCGUCAAGCUUCCGGAGAAGCCGUCGAUAUGCACGGCCGAUGAGCUCCACUACGUGUCCGUGCCGAACUCCGAUUGGAAGCUCGCGCUCUGGCGAUACCACCCGUGCCCCAAGGCGCCUCAGAGGAAGCAUCCGUUGCUGCUGUUAUCAGGAGUGGGGACCAACGCCAUUGGAUAUGAUCUCUCUCCUGAGUCUUCGUUUGCACGUUACAUGUCUAGGCAAGGAUUCGAGACAUGGGUUCUCGAAGUUCGUGGUGCUGGAUUAAGCGUGCAAGAAUCGGAUCGCAAGGAAAUUCAGCAAUCUGCCCAUGAAAGAUCUGAAGAGAUGGAAGCUGUUUCUGACAGUGCAACUGAUGCAGCUUUUCCUGCAGGAAAGCAGUCAAAUGGUUUUCCUGUUGCCUCCGCACCUGAGACUCCUGCUCGAGAAGAAAAACAUGAUAAUUCAGCUUCUAAGAGUGCCACUAAUGGAGCAUUUUCUGCAGAAAAGCAGUCUGGUGCCUCAGCAUCUAAGAUUCCUGCUCAAGGAGUGAUUUCAGCUUUCAGUGGAGACGUUACAAAUAUAAUAACUGUAGGGGAUGAAUCAAAAUCAGUGACAAAGUUGACAGAAACUUUUACGCAGCUGUCAGAAAGAUUUUCUGGCUUUCUUAGUGAAGGUCAAUCGAAGAUCAUGUCUGCUGAGUUGCUUGACCAAAUUUCAGAACUGUUUGCUGGUUCUGCAUUAUCUGAACGUAUUAAUGAGAUAAACGAUAAGAUUUCAGGCCUGUUAGAGAUGAGACAAAACUCAUCUAUUGCUAGCCAGAUCAAGGACCUCAGUCAAAGGCUUGUAAAUAUCAUUGAAGAAGGUCAGCGAUCAGUUUCACCUCCAUUGUUUGACUUGCAAGAGCGUUUUAAUUCCACGCUGGAAGAUUUCCAGAAACAACUUGAAUUGAUGGUGAAAUAUGAUUGGGACUUUGACCAUUACUUGGAAGAGGAUGUACCUGCUGCGAUGGAAUAUAUAAUGGCAGAGAGUAAGCCAAAGGAUGGGAAGUUGUUAGCCAUUGGACACUCAAUGGGUGGUAUUUUGCUUUAUGCAAUGCUUUCACGAUGCGGUUCUGAAGGAAGAGAGUCUCAAUUGGCAGCUGUUGUAACAUUAGCGUCGUCACUUGAUUACACAUCUUCAAAGUCAAUUCUCAAAUUGCUCAUACCCCUUGCUGAUCCCGCCCAGGCUCUCAAUGUGCCAGCUAUUCCCUUAGGAACACUACUGACAGCAACUUAUCCUCUCUCAAACCGUCCUCCUUAUGUUUUCUCUUGGCUCAAUAACUUGAUUUCAGCAGAGGACAUGAUGCAUCCAGAGUUGUUGAAAAAACUCGUUUUGAAUAACUUUUGCACCAUACCCGCAAAACUUCUAUUGCAGUUAACAACAGCUUUUCGGGAGGGUGGAUUACGUGACAGGAGCGGUACCUUUUUGUAUAAGGACCAUUUAAACAAAAGUAGUGUCCCUGUUUUGGCAAUUGCUGGAGACCAGGAUCUAAUUUGCCCACCUGAAGCUGUAGAAGAAACUGUGAAGCUGAUUCCACAGCACCUGGUUACAUAUAAACUAUUUGGAGAACCCGGUGGUCCACACUACGCUCAUUAUGAUUUGGUCGGAGGCAAAUUGGCAGUGGAGCAGGUCUAUCCAUGUAUAGUCGAAUUUCUUUGUCAGCACGACUCCAAAUAAUUAGCAAAACGAUGAAACUUAAUCCCUUCAACUUGUUACGGGAGUAAGCUUUAUUUCACAACCAGCUUGAAAGGCUUUCAUCAUGUUUAUUGGUGCACGACCUGAUCAAGUUCUUUACGAUUACCGGGUGCAGAGAAGCGUUCCACAACAGGAAGAACGUAAAUUCCUAAAGUAUAACUUAAUACACAGGUGACCCAUUUUGUUUGAGGACAGCAUGAUGGAGGAGUAGUUUUUUCACCUUCAGCAUUUUGUCAGCAAGUAGCAUAGUACUGAACUCGAAAAAUUAUUGUAUGAUUCUAGAACAUAGCUACGUGGUGUAACCAAGUUACGGAUUACAAACCCACGUGGCCGUACAUCAAUAUCUUGUUUUCUUCCUUAUAUUCUUGGGUACAAGUCCUACAAAGAGUGUAAUAUCUUAUUAGUAUCUUUCUCAUCAUGUGACGUUAAGGUCCACUAUUGUAGCUGUACGUUUCGUGUUCUCAAUAAAUUUCAUGGAGCGGUGGAAGAGAAAGUAAGAAGUUGAGAAUCUUAUUAUUUUGAAAGUUUCAUGUCUUUUAUCUUUA